GCCUCGCCUCGCCUCGCCUCCAUUGCUGGCCUUCUCCUCCCUCCGCCGCCCAUGGCUUCUCCAAACCCUAGCCCCACCUCCCUCUCCGCGCCGCUCCUCUCCUCCGACUCCAUCACGCCCACCGUCGCCAACGGCCACGCGCACCGCCACCACCACCACCGCGGCGACGACGACGACGCGUCGGUGUGCGAUGGCGAGGGAGGGGGAGGAGAGCCGUUCGCGUUCCUAUCGGAGGACGGGUCGCCGUGGCGGGGCCGGGCGUCCCCCGCCGACCCGUUCCUCAACGGGACGCCGGCGUGGUGCGGGGCGUACGAGCUUGUGAAGGUGCUGGUGUGCGCGCCCGUGGCGGCGCUGAGGCUGGUGCUGUUCGGGGUUUCCAUCGCGGUGGGCUACGCCGCCACGUGGGUGGCGCUCCGUGGGUGGGUCGACGUGCGGGAGCGGGCGCAGGAGGGGGCCGGCCCCAUGCCGGCGUGGCGCCGCCGGCUCAUGUGGAUCACGCGGAUCUCCGCGCGCUGCAUCCUCUUCUCCUUCGGAUACCAUUGGAUAAGGAAGAAAGGAAGGCCUGCGCCUAGAGACCUUGCACCUAUAGUUGUCUCAAAUCAUAUAUCAUACAUAGAACCUAUAUACUUCUUCUAUGAGUUGUUCCCGACCAUUGUUUCUUCAGACUCUCAUGAUUCCAUACCAUUUGUUGGAACGAUUAUUCGAGCCAUGCAGGUUAUAUAUGUUGACAGAUUCUCGCCAGCUUCAAGGAAGGCUGCUGUGAAUGAAAUAAAGAGAAAGGCAGCUUGCAAUAGUUUCCCGCGUGUCUUGUUAUUCCCGGAAGGCACUACAACAAAUGGGAAGUUCCUGAUUUCAUUCCAACAUGGUGCAUUCAUACCUGGCUACCCUGUUCAACCUGUUAUUGUACGCUAUCCACACGUGCACUUUGAUCAAUCAUGGGGAAAUAUAUCGUUAGGAAAGCUCAUGUUCAAGAUGUUUACCCAGUUUCACAAUUUCAUGGAGGUAGAGUACCUUCCUGUUGUUUACCCACCUGAGAUCAAGCAAGAGAAUGCCCUUCAUUUUGCAGAGAACACUAGCUAUGCUAUGGCACAUGCACUUAAUGCUAUUCCAACCUCUUAUUCAUAUGGGGAUUCAAUGAUCAUGGCUCGAGCAGUGGAAGCAGGAAAGGCGAACUGCUCGAAUUACAUGGUGGAAAUGGCUUGGGUAAAAGAAACAUAUGGUGUGAACACAUCAGAAGCAAUGGCACUCUUGGAAGACUUUUUGGCUAUGAACCCAGACAAGGAUGGACGUGUGAAUGCAAAAGAUUUUUGGGCUCAUUUUGGCCUUAAUUGCACUGCACUAUGCAAGAAGAUAUUUCAGUACUUCGAUUUUGAAGCCAAGGAAUCGAUCACAUUCCGUCAGUUCUUGGUCGGAUGUGCACACCUAAGGAAGCAGCCAUUGUUCCAGGACACCUGCGAAACCGCCUUUGAGAAGUGCAGGCAUCCCGGAGCAUCUGACAUCGGCAGGGACCAGCUCGCCGAUGUCCUGCGGUCAAGCAUGCUUCAGCUGACCGAUGAUGGGAUGAUGAAGCUAUACGAGACGUUGGACGUCGAUGAUGACGACAGAAUCAGCAAGGAUGAUCUGAUGGCAUCCCUUGCGAAGCUCCCCUUCAUGAUCGCCCUCUUCGCCGGGCGGAUCAACGGGGAGGUCUACAUCGAGAUAGUUUGAAAUGAUGGAUUGAUCGGAUUUCAGGAGAGCAAAGGGGUGGAUGGAGUUUGUAACGCGGGGAAACAGUAUACAAAACCUCCGUUUGUUUUUAGAGGGAAAUAUGGUUUCCACCGUUCCAGCCACGUAGCUCUCUCACUAACCAGCCGACCAGUAUAGUGCGGCAAUUUUGUUUGAUAUCUUAUUAUAUUAUACACAUUUAUAUGAUCCAUAGAAAGUUCAAAGCUGUCGUGGGAUGGCACGUUGGAUUGUGCAUAUGGAUACUAUACCAAUAUUGGUCAAACCGAGUGUGCACAUAGAAAGCAUUUUGUAAGCCUUGAUCAUGUAACAAACUUUUGUUUUUGUUCUUUUGUUUUUUGGCUAACUGGAUGGAAGUAUCUGUUUCCUAUCUGUUCUUUUGUUAUUUG